AUGCACCUCAACAUUGAUCUAAAUGAUAUGCUGAAACGAAUGUGGGAACAAGACCCAUAUGACCAAAGACAACCCACUGCUGAGGAACGAAGGUGCGAAGAGAUCUAUGCGAUCACAACCACGAGAAAUAAAGACGGAAGGUACAUAGUAACCUUACCAAAGAAAUCCAACGUGCUAUUAUCUAAAGAUGGAAAUACAAGAGCAAUAGCCUUAAAGAGAUUAUACCAAUUAGAACAAAGAUUCAAGAAUAACCCAAAACUUAAAAGUGACUAUGUUACAGUCAUGAAAGAAUACCAAGCAAAUUACAUGGAAACAGUACCAGAAGAAGAAAUCACCAAUCCGUCGGUAUACUUACCUCAUCACGCCGUGAUUAAAGAAGGAAGGGAGACAACCAAAUUAAGAACUGUUUUUAACGCAUCUCAAAAAGGAACAAAUAAUACAUCCCUCAAUGACGAACUGAUGGUUGGACCACAGUUACAAGAUGACAUGAGAAGUCUGAUCAUGCGAUGGCGCAUGAAGAAGGUUUGUUUCGUAGCUGAUAUACAAAAAAUGUACCUGCAGAUCCUUGUCAAGAAAGAAGACCGAGAUCUGCAACGAAUUCUGUGGAGGAACGAUGAUCAAGAACCUGUCAGGGACUACCGUCUUACCAGAGUCACCUUUGGAACUGCUUCUGCUCCAUACCUGGCAGUAAAGACUUUGCAUCAAAUAGCCAAAGAUGAAGGACAGAAGUACCCUGAAGCUUCGGAAAUAAUAAGACGCGACUAUUACAUGGAUGACAUGAUGUCAGGAAAAGACAAUGUACAAGACGCAUUGAAGGUGGCCAAGGAAAUAGACACCAUACUCAAGAAAGGCGGGUUCCAAUUAAAAAAAUGGUGUUCGAAUGAUAUUAAUCUUCUUAAAGAGUUCGAAGAAUCCGAAAGAAGCUCUCAUGUGAAGCUAGACUUAAGCUUAGAUGGUAUAACACGAGCUCUGGGAUUACAAUGGAACAUGGGUAAUGACCGUUUUCAGUACAGCCUCAACUUACCUGGUACGUCAAACAUUACUACAAAGAGAACAAUUCUAGCCGAUCUACAAAGAUUAUUUGAUCCACUAGGCUGGCUGGCUCCAUCUAUUUUGCCAGCAAAACUCCUAAUUCAAAGAUUAUGGCUUCAAGGAAUAUCAUGGGAUGAAGAAGUAGAGGAAACCAUAGCCACGGAAUGGAAUAAUUUACGAGAAUCAUUUCGUCUAUACUUACCUUGUAUCGAGAUAGAUAGAUGGUUACACACUACUGAAACUAACAACAAUAACAUCAGUAUUCACGGCUUCUGUGAUGCGUCCACGAAAGCUUAUGCUGCAGUAGCCUAUCUAAGAGUACGGACACCCACGGGUAGCGUAAAGACCUCAAUAAUCGCUGCUAAAACUAAAGUAGCACCGAUUAAAUCACAAUCCUUACCUCGUCUAGAACUGAGUGGUGCUGUACUGCUUGCCGGACUCUUAAAGCGCAUAAAGGAAGCUAUGAAUAUACCAACCUGUCAGAUAUUCGCUUGGACCGACUCCACUAUUGUACUUUCCUGGCUAUUCGGUGACCCUGCUAGAUGGAAUACGUAUGUUAGAAACAGAGUAAUUGAAAUACUAGACAACAUCGGAAAUCACAAUUGGUAUCACGUCAAAUCAUCAGAAAAUCCAGCUGAUGCCGCUUCUCGAGGAACAUCUCUGUCAGAUCUAAAGAGUGACGAACUAUGGUGGAGAGGCCCAGUCUGGCUAAGAGAAGGGGAAAUACAAUACAGCAGACCAAAUAUGAUGAUGACAGACCUGGAAAAAAGGGAAAUAAUAUUAGUAAACCUAACUUUGGACACUGGAAAAAGUAUAAUUAGAAAAUUUGAAGAUUGUGAUACAUUACAAGAGCUACUCACGGUAGUAGUGUACUGCAAAAGAUUCUUAAAAGGAAGGAAAUUAGAAAUCAAAGACUUACCUUUAAACACGGAAGAACUAGAUGAUGCGUUGAAAACUUGUUUAAGAAUAGCACAGAAGAAUGACUUUGAAGACGAAAUACAAAAUCUGAAAUCAAAAACACAAAUUAAAGGAAAAAGUAAAUUAACCAAUUUAAAUCCUUACCUUGAUGAUGUUGGCCUCCUCAGGGUGGGCGGAAGACUGCGUCACUCUGAUCUAAGUGAAGAUAGUAAACAUCCGAUUAUUCUUGAUCGCCAUAAUGGUCUUACCAAUCUCCUCGUCACCGAUGCUCACCGUCAAACGCUGCACGGCGGAGUGCAAAUAAUGCUCUGCUUCUUAAGAACUAAAUACUGGAUUCUGAAAGCAAAGACAUUAGUUAAAGCAAAGAUCAGAAAAUGUCUAAUUUGUGCUAAACUGAACGCUACAGCAAAGUCACAGCAAAUGGGAGAUUUACCUAGAGUUCGGGUAACACCGGCGAAGCCUUUCUGGAAUACCGGCGUUGACUUUGCAGGCCCAUAUCCAGUCUUGAUGUCGAGAGGCAGGGGAGCAAAAACACACAAGGCGUACAUCGCUGUCUUUGUCUGUAUGUCGACAAAGGCGAUUCAUCUCGAAUUGGUGGGAGAUCUCACAUCAGAUACCUUCAUCGCAGCUUUCCGAAGAUUUGUAGCAAGACGGGGAAGAUGCGCUCAGAUAUGGAGCGACCAAGGCCGCAAUUUCGUCGGAGCAAACAGGCAGCUGGUCGCAGAUUGGACUGAAGCCAAGUUACAAUUCGAAGGUUCAAUCACUGAGACGCUAGCUAAAGAUGGCACAAAGUGGCACUUUAUCCCAGCCUAUAGUCCUCACAUGGGCGGACUAUGGGAGGCUGGUGUGAAAGCGAUGAAACAUCAUCUAAAACGAAUCAUGACCCACAAUAUGACCUACGAAGAGAUGAGCACGUUGUUGUGUCAGAUUGAGGCGUGUCUCAACUCACGACCGUUAACUAUGAUAGAUGAUACAGACAAGGAUCGCCUGCAACCACUAACACCUGGUCACUUCCUUGUCGGUGAAACACCAAUAACUGUACCGACACCAAACCUCCGAGAUGUCCCGAUGAGUCAUUUAUCAAGAUGGCAGCAUCAACAAAGAUUAUUAACUGACUUCUGGCACAGAUGGCAACAAGAAUAUCUGACAACAUUGCAACAACGUUCCAAAUGGCACCAUAAAGUCAAGGAGCUGGACUUAGGACACAUUGUUCUAAUAAGGUCAGAUAAUCUACCUCCGGGUAAAUGGAUGAUGGGCCGUAUUGUUGAGAAACACCCGGGUGCUGACGGUGUCACUCGGGUAUACUCAGUAAAAAGUGGUGAUAGUGUAGUGCAGAGGUCAUUUAAUAAGUUGUGUUACUUACCAAUAGACACGGAAUGUUGA